AUGGCGUCCGUUUCGACUGCUGCGGAAGCAGCCGCUCGCGUUGCCUACCUCGUCAGCGAUGUCGUUCUCUCCGUCCAGCCAUCGCUGCAGACAGAUUCUCUCUUCUCGAAGUCUCUCAAGGCUUUGAAGGCGAGCAACGCUCCUAGCGUUCUCCCUAGAGCAGUCCCCGAGGUCGUCCCUGUACGAUACAAUGAGGAUCCCCUGCUCUCCGCCUUCCAUCCCCUACAGUCCGGCAACUUGGUCUCGGUUGUCACCAGCUCCUCCAUCCUCCUCUCCUCCGUUCCUCAUCUCUACCGCUUAGCGAACUCCCCCAUCGUCAUUCACGUCGCCUUGGAGCCCCUCCCAUUCCCAGAUUACUCCGUUAUCAGCUCGAUACGCCAAUGCGGUUUCACCUUCUUGCACUCCGAGACCAUCCAGGAGGCUCAGGAUAUCGCUAUCACCGCCCACGCCCUGGCGCACCGGUCCGGGAAGGGUGUCAUUCACUUCUUCGAUCCUGCCAAUUCCGCCAACGAUGAGACCAUUGCGGCGGAAGAUGUGGACGUGGUCAGAUCCCUCCUCAACCUAGGCGGAAACACUAGCCCAGACACUGCACAGACUCUAUAUGCGGACUCCGGCCGUGUGGCUACAGUCUCAGAAGAGGCUACGGAGGGAUCUAGCAGAGCUCAGGGCGACCUUGCAUCUACCCUGGCCCAACCUGCUCCAACUCCUUCCAACAUCAGUGUCGAUAACUCCUCCGUUGGCUCAUCGCGGAGAGACAGUAGCACAGACAGCCAUGCUCCCAGCUCCGCCGCCACAACCGUCGAUGCGGCCGCUUCUGUGCGCCCAGUCACCGCUGCCGACAUCUUCGAGUGGACUGCUCAGAUCUGGAGCGUACUGUCGCAGACUGUUGGACGCACUUACCGGGCGAUUGAAUACACUGGCCCCGCAGAUGCCAAGUCUGCCAUCUUCGUGUUCGGCUCAACCGGAGUUUUCGUGGAUGUCCUGGCCAAGGCCGACGCCAACAGCGAGCUCGAGAACAUCGGCCUCGUCACAGCUCGCCUGUACCGUCCCUGGAUCGGGGGCCAGAUUGUGAACACGCUCCCCAGCUCUGUCGAGAAGAUUGCCGUUCUCGAGCAGGUCCGCAAGACCACCAAGUGGGGUCCUUCAUUAAUGGACCUGUUGUCCAGCUUGACCCCGUCUGCUGGCAGACCCACUCCUCAGAUUGUCGGUUACAGACUGGGUUAUGUUGAGCCUUCCACCGCCGUUCAGGCACUUCGGGGCAUAGUUCAGAACUUGAACUCUGCUUCCCCGAUUCAGAACCUCGAGAUUGGAAGCUCCAAGGUGCCUGCCACCCAGCCUACCCUGGAACAGCCCAACCUUGAGAAUGCCUACCUGAAGAUUCUGAACCAGCUCUUCGGCGAGCGUUUGUACAUCGCCAACCAACUGGAUUCAAAGGACGCUGGCGUCUCCACCACCAUUGCUGCCAGCCCUGAAUACGGAUUCGGCUCGCUGAUUGCCAGAAAGGAGCACCGCCAGCGCUUCAUUCGUGAAGUCGAGGAGGCUUCCAAGUCUACCGGCUUCUCGACCGAUGCGCCUAAGUCUUCUUUGUCGAACUGGGCCCUGAAUGUCAAGGAUGCCUCCAAGGCGAACAAGCUGGCAUCUGAUGUCAUUGACAAUCUUUCCACUGAUGGCUCCGAGGUCGCCAAGAAGCUCCUCGAGUCGAGAAAGCUCUUCUUCGAGGAGUCUCAGUGGCUCAUUGGUUCCGACGCCUGGGCUUACGAUCUCGGCAACUCUGGUGUUCAUCACGUCCUCGCUUCGGGCGAAAAUGUCAACAUGCUCAUCAUUGACUCUCAGCCUUAUUCCGAGCGCACUGCUGCCGAUCCCACUCGCAGAAAGAAGGACAUUGGCCUUUAUGCCAUGAACUUCGGCAAUGCCUACGUCGCCUCGGUUGCGGUCUAUGGCUCUUACACCCAGGUGCUGCAAGCAAUGGCCGAGGCCGAACAGUUCAAGGGUCCUUCCGUCGUCGUUGCUUAUCUGCCUUACAACCAGGAGAAUGACUCUGCUCUCACCGUGCUGCAGGAGACCAAGAAGGCCGUUGACCUCGGCUACUGGCCUCUGUACCGCUGGAACCCCGACAACGAGGAGAAUGGCGAGCCCAGGUUCUCUCUUGACUCGGAUCGUAUCAAGCGCGAGCUCGAGGAGUUCCUCCGUCGUGACAACCAACUGACGCAGCUCAUGAACCGCAAGCCUCAGUAUGCUCCUGUCCUCUCUGAGUCCUAUGGCACUGAAGUCCGCGCCUUGCAGAAGCGCAAGGCCAAGGAUUCCUACGAGAAGCUUCUCGACGGUCUUUUCGGUGCGCCUUUGACCGUUCUCUUCGCCUCCGACGGCGGCAACGCUGAGAACAUUGCCAAACGUCUCGGCAACCGCGGCCGCGCCAGAGGCUUGAAGACCAUGGUUAUGGCGAUGGACGAUUACCCGGCCGAGGAUCUCGCAUCCGAGGAGAAUGUGGUUUUCAUCACCAGUACUGCUGGUCAGGGUGAGUUCCCCAUGAACGGUCGCAACCUCUGGGAGGUCAUCAAGAACUCGGGUGACUUGGACCUUUCUACCAUCAACUACUCCAUCUUCGGUCUUGGUGAUAGCCACUACUGGCCCCGCAAGGAGGAUAAGAUCUACUACAACAAGCCAGCCAAGGACCUCGAUGCUCGCAUUACCUUCCUCGGUGGUCGCAAGCUCACAGAUAUCGGCCUUGGUAAUGAUCAGGAUCCCGAUGCCUAUCAGACUGGCUACUCUGAGUGGGAGCCUCGUCUCUGGCAAGCACUUGGUGUGGACAAGGUCGAAGGUCUGCCUGAGGAGCCUGCUCCCUUGACCAAUGAGGAUAUCAAGAUCCAGUCCAACUACCUUCGCGGUACCAUUGCCGAGGGUCUGCUGGAUGAGAGCACUGGUGCUCUUUCUGCCAGCGACGGGCAAUUGACCAAGUUCCACGGAACAUACAUGCAAGACGACCGUGACAUUCGUGAUGAGCGCAAGGCCCAGGGUCUGGAGCCAGCCUACAGUUUCAUGAUCCGUUGCCGUCUUCCUGGUGGUGUUGCCACUCCCUCGCAGUGGAUCCAAAUGGACGACAUCAGCAGCGCAUACGGCAAUGAGACCAUGAAGCUCACGACCAGACAAACCUUCCAGUUCCACGGUGUGAUCAAGCGCAACCUCCGCUCCGCCAUGCGCGCCAUCAACAAGUCCCUCAUGACCACCAUCGCAGCGUGCGGUGAUGUCAACCGUAAUGUCAUGUGCAGCUCCCUUCCUGAACUUUCGUACUUCCAUCGCGAAACCCAUGCCGUUGCCCAAAAGGUCAGCGACCACCUACUGCCGUCUACCACUGCCUAUCAUGAGAUCUGGCUGAAGGACGACGACGACAAGAAGGUCCAGGUUGCAGGAGACGCUGUGCAGGACCACGAACCCCUGUACGGUCCCACCUAUCUUCCCCGCAAGUUCAAGAUCACCAUCGCCAUCCCUCCCCACAACGAUACCGAUGUGUACGCCCACGAUAUUGGCUUGAUCGCUAUCAAGGGUGCCGAUGGACAUCUGGAAGGCUUCAAUGUCCUUGCCGGUGGUGGUAUGGGUGCGACACACAACAACAAGAAGACCUACCCUCAGACCGGUCGCAUGUUCGGAUACGUGCCUGCUGACCAGGCUCACAUUGUCUGUGAGAAGAUCAUGUUGGUCCAGCGCGACUUCGGUGACCGCAAGAACCGCAAGCACGCUCGUCUCAAGUACACCAUUGACGACAUGGGUGUUGAGGUCUACAAGGGCAAGGUGGAAGCUCUGCUGCCUGAGGGACUGCGCUUCGCCGAGCCUCGCCCGUUCGAAUUCACGUCGAACGUCGACACCUUUGGCUGGCAGAAGGACGAGACCGGCCUGAACCACUUCACCUUCUUCAUCGAGAACGGACGUAUUGAGAACACCGCCGAGUUCACCAUGCGCUCGGGCUUGCGCGAGCUGGCCGCGCUAGACAAGGGUGAGUUCCGCCUCACGGGUAACCAGCACCUGAUCCUCUCCAACAUCAAAGAUGAGGACCUGCCGGUCGUGAAGGAAGUGAUGGCCAAGCACAAGCUGGACAACACCGCCUUCAGCGGCCUGCGCCUCUCCUCAUCCGCUUGCGUGGCCUUCCCCACCUGCGGUCUCGCCAUGGCCGAGUCCGAGCGCUACCUCCCCGUCCUGAUCUCCAAGCUCGAGUCCACCCUCGAAGAGGUAGGCCUGGCCCGCGACAGCAUCGUCAUGCGUAUGACCGGUUGCCCGAACGGCUGCGCCAGACCCUGGCUCGCCGAAGUCGCCUUCGUCGGCAAGGCCUACGGCGCGUACAACAUGUACCUCGGCGGCGGCUACCAUGGCCAGCGGCUGAACAAGCUGUACCGCCAGUCCAUCAUGGAGGACGAGAUCCUCGACAUCAUGAAGGGUCUGCUGAAGCGGUACGCCCUCGAGCGCAACACCGACGGCGAGACCCCGGAGCGCUUCGGCGACUGGUGUAUCCGCGCCGGUGUCAUCAACAAGACCACCGACGGCACCAACUUCCACGAGGGUGUAAGUUCCUCCCCAUAG